CCCCGGCCCGUGGCAACCGCCCCGCCCCCGCCCCGCCCCCCGAGGGGUUCCAGCCCCUCCCCCACACCAGCAGGACAUGGGGGAGGGGUCGCCGACCCUGGCCCCGCCCCCCCUUGCGGGGCUGCCGCCCCUCCCCCACCCCGAGAGCGCGGGGGGGGGGGGGGGGGUGAAGGUCCCCUCCUGAACGGGCUGGGGGGAGGGGGAGGGGCGGGGCCUCUCCUGGGCUGCCCCUCCCCCCCCCGCGCCCCUCCCCCCUCCCAGGGCCCGAUCCUGAUCAGCAACGUCACCGGAGGGGGCGGGGCCGAGCCGGGGCCACGCCCCCUCCUGGCGGGGCAAUGCCACGCCCCUUCAGCUUCCUCCCCCUCCUCGGCCACGCCCCCUCCGGCUCGGGCUCCGCCCCCUUCCCAGCCCAGCCCCCCCCUGCGGGAGGAGCACGUGACCUGCGUGCAGAGCAUCCUGGAUGAGUUCCUGCAGGCCUACGGGAGCCUGAUCCCCGUCAGCGCCGACGAGGUGGUCGAGAAGCUCGAGGACAUUUUCCAGCAGGAGUUCAGCACCCCCCAGAGAAGGGGCUCGGUGCAGCAGCUGCUACAGUCCUACCAGCGGCUCCCCGGGAACGCGCUGCUCCGCGGGUUCCGCGUCAGCUACAAGCGCCACGUGCUCACCAUGGACGACCUGCAGACGCUCUACGGCCCCAACUGGCUCAACGACCAGGUCAUGAACAUGUACGGGGACCUCGUCAUGGACGCCGUGCCCGACAAGGUGCAUUUCUUCAACUCCUUCUUCUACGACAAGCUGCGCACGCGCGGCUACGAGGGCGUGCAGCGCUGGACCAAGAACGUGGACAUUUUCGGCAAGGAGCUGCUGCUGAUCCCCAUCCACCUGGAGGUGCACUGGUCGCUCGUGGCCGUGGACGUGGCGCGCAGAACCAUCACCUACUUCGACUCCCAGCGCACGCUCAACCGCCGCUGCCCCAAGCACAUCUGCCGCUACCUGCAGGCCGAGGCCGACAAGAAGGAGCGGCCGGAUUUCCGCGAGGGCUGGCGCGGCGCCUUCAAAAUGAACGUCGCCCGGCAGAACAACGACAGCGACUGCGGCGCCUUCGUGCUGCAGUACUGCAAGUUCCUGGCGCUGGGGCGCCCGUUCAGCUUCACGCAGCAGGACAUGCCCCACCUGCGCCGCCUGAUGUACAAGGAGCUCUGCCACUGCCAGCUCGCCCUCUGAGCCCCAAAAAUCCAAUUUGGGGACACCCCGGAUCCUUAAGAACAGAAAAAAUAAAAAAAACCCCAAGAAAAUCCGAAAAUCCUGCGAAAAACGGCGUCAGAACGGAGGAGAAAUGGGAAAAAAAUGGGAUUUUGGGGGGUAAAAAUGGGAGGAGAAAUGGGGAAAAAAAAUGGAUUUUUUUUUGGGGUUUCUGAGAUUCUAAAGAUCCGAAAAUUACAAAUGAAAUGCGAAAAAAAAAAGCCCCAAAAAAUCAGAAAAUUCGGAGGAAAAAUGGAGUCGGAAUGGAAGAAAAAUGGAAAAAAAUGGGAUUUUUGGUUUUUUGGGUAGC